CAAUGCCAUGCAAGACAUUACUGCUUAUAUAUAAACAUAAAAUGGGUUUGUCUCUAUGGUAGCGAUGGGAGGCUGUAAAAUGAUCGUUGGUUUGAUCUUGAUGGGGUGUUUGCUGGUUAAUAAUGGAGUCGAUGGAGCGAACAAGAAGGUGGACGUUGGAGCGUCGUUUAUAUUUGGCGAUUCACUGGUUGAUGCAGGAAAUAAUAACUAUUUAUCGACCUUGUCUAAAGCUAAUCUUCGUCCCAAUGGCAUUGAUUAUACUCUUUCUGGAGGCAACCCCACUGGCCGCUUUACCAACGGUCGAACCAUCGGUGACAUCGUCGGUGAGGAGUUAGGAAUACCAAACCACGCAGUGCCAUUUCUAGACCCAAACGCCACCGGCAAAUCAAUAUUGUACGGCGUUAACUAUGCAUCCGGCGGUGGCGGAAUUCUCAAUGCAACCGGAAGGAUCUUCGUAAACAGACUGGGAAUGGACGUUCAAGUCGAUUUCUUCAACAUUACAAGAAAACAGUUCGAUAAAAUCUUGGGUCCAUCAAAAGCAAGAGAUUACAUAUCCAAAAAGUCCAUAAUUUCCAUCACAAUCGGAGCCAACGAUUUCUUGAACAAUUAUCUCCUUCCGGUGCUCUCCAUCGGCGCCAGAAUCUCCCAAAGCCCCGACUCCUUCAUCGAUGACAUGAUCGCUCAUCUCAAGAACCAGCUCACUAGACUUUACAACAUGGAUGCUCGAAAGUUCGUGGUGGGGAAUGUCGGGCCCAUCGGAUGCAUACCCUAUCAGAAGACCAUCAACCAGUUGAACGAAGACCAAUGCGUUGAUUUGGCCAACAAAUUGGCACUUCAAUACAACGCCAAGUUGAAGGAUUUGCUUGCCGAUCUCAACAAAAAACUCCCUGCCUCCACUUUUGUGUAUGCCAAUGUCUAUGACCUUGUCAUGGACCUCAUCGUCAACUAUGACAAUUAUGGGUUCAAGACGGCUAGUAGAGCGUGUUGUGGGAAUGGAGGGCAGUUUGCAGGUAUAAUACCAUGCGGGCCUCAAUCAAGCUUGUGCACAGAGAGAUCAAGGCAUGUGUUUUGGGAUCCUUACCAUCCCAGUGAAGCUGCCAAUCUCAUUAUUGCCAAGAAAUUGCUGGAUGGAGACCAUAAAUACAUCUUCCCUCUUAAUCUUAGACAGCUUCGCGACCUCUAAUAGUCAUAAUCAGGAACAACAAAGCUCCAAUUUGA